AUGCUGAGGCUGCCCUCCCUGGUGGGCCUGCUGAUCUGGCUGACGUCUGCCGCUGCACCACCUGUGCCUCCCGCAGGCAGCCCCCUGUCUGACAGCGAAUACCAGCUCUUCUUCUCCAGCCUGCGCCCACCCUGGAAGGCCCAAGUGUCCUGCCACCUGCGGCAGGUACGGGGCUGCCUCAGCCCCGCCGUGCUGCGGCUGGACCAGCAGGAGAACCACGGCCACGUCCCUGAAGGACCUGUCUGCUCCACCUUCCCGGAGGCACGGUGGUUCCAGACCUUCUGCCAGUUCGCACAGUACCGCUGCUCCAAGCGCAAAUUCUACAUCAAGCGAAUCCCAUGUCCGAGUUUCUCUCCUCCAAAAGGCCUUCUUCAUCCAGCAGAGAGACUUCAUGCUGUGGGCUUCCAGGCGAAGGAUGAAAGCUCCCCUACAGAUGGAGCACUGGAGCAGGCACCUCUUUCGCCCACCGACAUCCAUCUGCACUCCAACGUGGACACACUCCUGAAGUACUCCUACGCGCUGUCAAGCCAGAAACCCUUGGCAAGGAAGCUCCCCCUAGCCCUGCCAGAGGUGCCGAGACCCUCGCGGGACAGGGGGCUGCCUGAGCCCCCACCAACCCUGCCGGUCCCGGCCCCCCCAGCCCCCUCACCAUCCCACAGCCAGGCAGAGCGAGCCUGGGAGCGCCGCCUGCAGCACAGCGUCCGGCAGCUCAUCAGCUUGGCCCUCACCUUGGAGACCUCAGCGGGCAUGGAGGACUCUACGCCAGACCCUGACACCACGUCAGACCCGGGGAGUGUGCCCAGCGAUGCUGAGGAGGGGAUGCAGGAGGAGGCCCCCCAUGGCAGCCUUUUAGCCCUGAAGAAGAAGGAAGCGGUGAUGAUCCUGUGCUAUGCAGUACUGGAGGGAAUCUGUGUUUCAUCAGUUGUCACCCAGGCCUGGAAGGAGAUGGAAGAAAAAAUCCUCGGCUUUGGAGAUUCGGUGUGCGACAGCCUUGGGCGGCGGCACAUGGACCUGUGCCCUGACUGUGCCUUCUGCUCACUGAAGAGGGAGCAAUGCCAGAACUUCAACAACCUGAGGCGUGUUCACUGCGGGAAAGGCAACUUCAUCACCUACAUCAACCCCCAGAUCUCAGCCCAGCACCAGGCUACAGGCAACAAGACCGGCUUCCGAGAGCCCUACAGCAUGCAGUUUUCCCAAGGGCUGCGAGCAGAGUACUGGUGCAGCCAGAUAGCCACCCAGGGCUGCGAUGACCCUCGUGUGAUGCUCUGGCUGCAGGCAGAGUACGCCGCCUUCCGAGCUGGGGACACCCCAAGCCAGAUCUGCGACUCGGGUGGAGUUCAGCACCCCAGUUACUGCGCCUUCAAGAGCCACCAGUGUCUGCAGCACAGCCUCCACAACCAGAGGGUGGUUCGCCAUGACUGCCUCAGAAACCAGACUUACCAGGUGCUGAGUAAGGAGGAGGGAGAAGAGGAAGUCAGGCGGUGGCACCAGAGGUUCCUCAGCCUCACCGAAGGGUGA